CGCUUCUCCCGUUACGGCCGCCUUCUAUCUGCUCACCCUUCAAACAAUGUUAUCUAUAUUCUGUACUGCUCUAAAUCAACCUUUGAAGGCUACAUAAAGACUCUGGUGAUUCCUCUUGUUGCAGAUUGCCAUGGCGACGGUGGUGAUGGAGCAGAUCGGUCGCCUGUUCAUCAACGCCCAGCAGCUGCGCCAGAUCCCUCAGCUGCUGGAGUCGGCCUUUCCCACGCUCCCUUGCACUGUGAAGAAGGUCGAUGUUCCCUGGGUGUUCCGUGAGCGUCACAUCCUCACCGGCUACAGGCAGACCGACCAGAGCUGGCGCUACUACUUCCUCACCCUCUUCCAAAGGCACAACGAGACCCUCAACGUGUGGACCCACCUCCUGGCUGCCCUCAUCAUCCUGGUCAAGUGGCAAGAGAUCUCAGAGACGGUGGAUUUCCUGCGAGACCCUCAUUCUCAGCCGCUCUUCAUCGUGCUCCUGGCAGCCUUCACCUACCUCUCCUUCAGUGCUCUCGCUCACCUCCUUUCUGCAAAGUCUGAGCUCUCCUACUACACCUUCUACUUCCUUGACUACGUGGGUGUGUCUGUCUACCAGUACGGCAGUGCUCUGGCUCAUUACUACUACGCCAUCGAGAGGGGGUGGCAUACUAAGGUGCAGGGGCUCUUCUUACCUGCUGCAGCGUUCUUGGCAUGGCUCACCUGCUUUGGCUGCUGCUACGGAAAAUACGCCAGUCCUGAGAUGCCCAAGUUUGCCAACAAGCUGUUCCAGGUGGUGCCCUCUGCCCUGGCUUACUGCUUAGACAUAAGCCCAGUGGUUCACCGCAUCUACAGCUGCUACCAGGAGGGCUGCUCUGACCCGGUGGUGGUGUACCAUUUCUACCACGUGCUCUUUUUCCUCAUCAGCGCCUACUUCUUCUGCUUCCCACAUCCGGAGAGCUUGUUCCCCGGAAAGUGUGACUUUAUCGGGCAGGGCCACCAGCUCUUUCACGUGUUUGUUGUUGUGUGCACCCUGACGCAGAUUGAGGCGCUGCGAACAGACUUCACAGAGCGCCGGCCAUUGUACGAGCGUCUGCACGGUGACCUUGCACACGACGCGGUUGCACUCUUCAUCUUCACUGCCUGCUGCAGCGCUCUGACCGCUUUCUACGUCCGCCAGCGUGUCCGUGCCUCUCUCCAUGAGAAGGAGCAGUGAGAAGAAAAAUAAGGGAAAAAAAUUAACGUUAUUUUACUCUGUAGUGACCAUUAUUUAUUUUCAUGUCAGUUAUCAGUUUGUGACAGUGACUUAUGAUCAUUUCUCCUCCAUUUGAUCUGCCAAACUACCAGUGAGCUAAUUUUGUGACUUACAAUGAGGGAAACAGAGUGUUAUAUUUUGUCUGUAGCACCGAGGUUGGUCUUAAACACUGAAUCAAGUUUGUAUAUCUUUGUUCUGCUCCUUAAUUAGUCUGCAAGGUUGUUUUAAGGCUGUACCUAAAGAACAGUCUCUUUACCUCUGCAUAGAAAAAUACCUCCUGUCAAAGGAAACAGACAAAUUAAGGGGCUUGUUUCCAAAAAAAUCCUUUUACCAAAUUUAUUCUGAGUAAUUUAACUCUGUGAAUGAAUCUGUAAAACUUCUUGAAUAGGGAUGUAACAAUACCUCACAGUAACAUUAAAUAUUAUUACUAUGGCUGUCAAGAUUAAGCAAGGUUGACAAUUAGUACAUUCAUUUUUUAAAAUCAUGAUCAAUCUCAUACUUUAUUGUCCUUUUUGCUACACACUAUGGUUUAGCCAUGUCAGUGUCUCCCUGCAGUCACAGCUCAGUGGACAGGUCAGAAGUCAUCUGAACCUUAUACAGUCAAAUAUUUAGCUUUUUUAUUGCUCAUUUAUUUCCCUUCGAUAACAAGUUACUUUUUCCAUGGUAAAGUUCAUGUUAAGAUCUUCGAUUUACCUAUAAAAGCAGGUCUGUAUCCAGACAGGAAGUUGAUCACUCUUAUUUUAAGACAGUAGGAAAAUCAAAAGCAACACAAAAACAGUUCUGAAUGCAAAACAGUGGAAUUUUAAAAUGUGAUACCAAGGUUGCAAUUAAUUACACAGAAAUUAACUAAAGAAAAUCUUUCAUUAAUUGCAAUGAAAAUUUUUAAUCAUUUGCAGCCCUAACUAAGACAAAUAUGGAAAAUUUGACAAAUUGCACACAGAUUUCUUUUUGCUUUACAAUUCUCUUGUUCAUUGCCGGCUUAAGCAACUCAGUCAUCAAGGUGCUCCAAAUAAGCACUGUUUUACUGUAACUAAGACUGUGAGCAUUCAUUCAUUAAUUGGCAGGUGAGUAAGGGCCAUAAACAGUGCAUUAAUUUUUCUUAAUUCUCAUUAAUUGCAUGCUUAACUAUUCCUUUUAGCACAUAUUGCUUAAACCACAGCAUUGUCUCCCUGAACCCCACCCAAACCACUGCCCACCCAGGAGAGGGUGCAGGCGGAGUAUGUGGAAUUUGAGGGUCAGUUUAAUGCUGUGUAAUAUUUACCAUGAAAGUCAGAUGUCAGAUCUGGGAGUGACAUCACAUCCAAGUUGACCACAUUCCAGUUACUUUGAGUUUUUAACUCAAGAAAGUGAUGUUGCCAGGAGUUUUGAGUUGGAAUUCCAAAUUCAACUGGAAUGCCCCAUAAGACAGUACAAAAAUCCUAAUGGAAAAAAAUGUAUUGAAUGCAAACCAUUGACAUAUUUCAAAAUGUGACGAAAAAGGCAGAUCACUAUUAAUUAAUGACAUUUUGAAUUAAAGUAAUCCUAUUCAUCACAAAUUGUUGUGAAUGCCGUGUCUUUGUUAAAAUUUGGAAAACCUUAAAAAGCAGUGAUAAAAAUGUGUUAUGCACCCACUAUCAGAAUUUCAAAAUGUGGCAAAAAUAUUGAUCAUGAUUCAUUAUAGAAAUUCUCAGAUAAAUCAAAGUCAGAAAACCAAAUAGUUUGGCAGCCCUAGUUGUAAUUGUAAAACAACAAAAUAUUUUGUAAAGUAUUACAUUUAUAUUUAUAAGGAAAGAUAAGACAAAGGUAAUUUUUCAUUUUUAUUGUUAAAAAUUAGAAUGAAAAUAAUCAUAUUUAUCCAUAAAUUUUCUUCCAUGCUGUGGCUUUGUAAAAAUUUGCAAACCUUAAAAAGUAGUGAUAAAAAUUGUAUAAUGAAUCCAGUAUGGUGAUUCAGAUCAUGUCCUGAGCACAGUGUAUCAUUACGUCCCUAGUCUUGAACCAUGCAAGCAGUUAACUUAAGUAUUUUCAGUCCCUUGGCUUGAAUGCAGAUUCUAAUCAAAUCUACUCUUUUUGGUCUUAACAGACAUUUCUAAGACAUCUCUUGCUUUUUGAUUCCUCUCCCUUUCUUUAGGAAUCAAAGCAGGGAUUUGAUUGUGAUUUAUAUGAACCCUGUGACACACAAAGAUUUAAAAAUAUUCAUGGCAAGUUGAGUACCCAAUUUGAAAACCAAAUAUUGAAUCUUUUCUACAAAAAACAGAUUUCUAAUUCUGUUGAAUGCAUCUGAAAAUGAGGCUGGCACUCAGUAUUGGUUCAGAGAUGGAGCAAAGAUUACUGAUGUCUCUUGAUGUUAAUCUUUUUUUAUUCAAAGGGCUGGGACUUCAGCUUUUGCCUUUCUCACGUCUCCCAUGAUGUCAGUGCUUUUGCGCGAGUCGUUUUUUUCAUUGUAGCCCGAUCAGAUUUAAGUCACAGGAGCUGUGUCUGACUGUUUGUUCUGCUUUUGGUAUGUUUUGUUUUUGUACAAUGAAUAUGUAUGUGCCUCUACGCAUGUCUUUUGGUAUAUACUGUGGAAUUUCAGUGUGUGAAUGUUUAUGAAAGCUUAGCCUUGCACUCCUUUCUUACCUUGUAAAUAAGCUUUAUUCCCCUUAAAAGUCAUUUGCAUCCUAUUUUCUCUCCACCAAACAGCACUCUGACUCUGAAUGCAUCGUUUUUCUGGUGGAAUUCAGCACAUUCCUACUCUGGCUGCAUCCUUUCAGAGCGUGUGUUGUGUUCAGUGCCCCUCCGCCUUUCAGACUUUAAUGGCUAUAAAUUCAUCAUUUCACACCGCUGCACUGUUACACUAAAAAGAGCCCCUUUGGGUUUUGUUCUCUUUCUUUGAUGACUUUUGCUUUAAAAUACUCUAUUGAUAAUGUUGCUUUAGUUUUUAUCUCACAAAAUCUGUGUUCAUGACAGCACUGUGUUCAUGAUGUUGUAAAAUGUGCCAAUGAAUCUGUUGUUGCUUCAGUGAUGGUACUUUUGAGAGGUGAAUCCAGAGAAGGAAGAGAUUUAAAUAUUGUCUUUAUAUGACCUGAAAUGUGAGAUUUUACCAUGAUGCCCCUGAUAUAUGAACCUUCUAACUGUAAACAUUGACACUACUGACCUGGUCUCAUCAUGCACUGCCUGAAUCAACACUGUACAUACUGUAGCUGCCUAUGUUUACAUGCAUGGAGGGAUCUGCUGUUUGUGGUUAUCCUGGUUUGUGUUGAAAAGUUCUGAAUAACAGGGGAAAAUGUGCAAAAGAAGCCUCUAGUUGUGCACAAUUAGUUAUUGUUUAGUGACAAGACUGAGGCAAGAAUGACUUAUAAAUAUACUCUAUUGUUUCACAGGAAGGCCGUAUAAUAGGCUAAUGAUAUCCAAAUGGUAAAUGAAGCCUAAAACCUUCCAUGACAAGUACAUUUUCCACCAUUAACGGACCAAACUAAAAUGCCGGGAUUAUAAUGUUUUUCCCUUAUAAGAGAUAAUCUACCUUUGUUCAGCUGGCAGGUGACCAGUAUUUAUUUAUUGUUUUAUUGAUUGUUUGUUGCAACAUGGAUACUCUGUCAAGAGCCACCUAGGUUGCAGCUUCAGCCUAACUGGACUGUGGUUUGCACUGUGUACUGUAAAAGUGAAAUAGUGUGUAAACGUAGCCUCUGAUGCCACCCAAUGCUUCCCUUUACCCCCUUCAGCGAAAGCAGGGUGAGAGGGACCAGAAUGUUUUCUGCCUCCUGAAAAAUAUGUGUGACUGACUUUACUA